GGAUGUUGACAUGGAAGACAGUGAAAAGAAAGCCCCAUCAGUGAUCGAUCGUUAUUUCACCCGCUGGUAUAGAACUGAUCUAAAGGGAAAGUCAUGUGAGGAUCACUGCAUUCUACAGCACUCCAACAGGAUAUGCGUCAUUACACUUGCGGAGUCUCAUCCUAUCCUUCAGAACGGACGAAAAAUCAAAAACAUAAACUACCAGAUCAGUGAUGGAUGCAGCCGUCUGAAGAACAAGGUGUCUGGAAAGUCAAAGCGAGGUGGUCAGUUCCUGACAGAGUUUGCGCCACUGUGUAGAAUAACGUGCACAGAUGAACAGGAGUACACUAUAUUCAGCUGUAUCAGAGGACGUCUCCUCGAAGUAAAUGAAGACAUUCUGAACAAGCCAGAUCUGUUAUUAGAAAAGCCUUCCACAGAGGGAUACAUUGCAGUUAUAUUACCUAAAUUUGAAGAGAGUAAGAGUGUCACUGAAGGCCUUCUGACCAGAGAACAAUACGAGGAGGUUCUCACGAAAAGAAACCAACAAGAAGAGCCUUGCUGAGAUCAACCUGCACUUUGAAGCUGCUGACUGACUGACUGCGGAGUCUCUUUUGAAGAAUAAUUGCUUCAAGCAGGUGAAAACGUCACUGGCAUCAUGGCUGUGUGCCACUUACAUAAAAAAAAAAAAACAUCUUGAGAAAAUGACGACUUGUCUGCUGGAUCCAGAACAGUCUUGGAUUUCACUGGAGUGCAUUUUGUUUGACCACUAUUCAUGAGAUACAUAAUGCCAGUGUCAUGGGUAUUGUUUAGUGUUUAGUUUAUCGUUUCAUUAAAACUGUUUUAAUUUGAGAAUUAGCAGGUCCGUGUCCUCGCAGACACAUUAUUUCCUUUCCGGUUGCUGUAAAACUGCUUAUAGCCCUAACUUUUUGGAGAUCAUUAUAGUUUGAGUAAAUGCUAAAUAAAGGAACAGCUCCCUUCUGAGCAUUUUCAACUGGCUCUUAUGUUAGUUAUGUUUUUAUUCAGUCAAUUUAUUUGACACAAACUAAGGUCAGUGCUCUCAAAACAAUUAACUGCCAUCUGAACAUUUUGUCAUUUUUCCAAACAGAUUGCACAGAUAACAAAUGACAAAUAUUUUCAUAUACAUAACGUUUAAAAAAUUUUUU